UCUGCAUAGAGUUGUCACGUGACUGAUGUCGCGCCCAACCGUCAGCCGGACGUCAAUCGUGUGUUCGUCCGGAAAGGAUAAGCACACGUACGACUCGGAACGAGCGGAUCCGCCGCAACGCAGCGUUUGCUCAGAGCCUCCGUCCGAAGUGUCUUCGCUGUCCUCUCUGGAGACGGAAUCGCUUGUGAAACGCGAUUCCGUUGUCCGCCGUCUCGACGUGAGACACCCGUUGCGCUCAAACGGCAAAUACCACAACCCGUGGCCCACUUGGGACGCGCCCUCUCUUGCCUUCAAUCUGUUGCGCUUCGGACGACACGCGAAGAUCCCCUCCAAACAAGAGCUCGACCGCACUCUACCCGUACUCGAGCCCGACUUCAAGGCAUCGGUUCCGCCGGACGACGGUUUGGCCAUCACUUGGUUGGGCCACUCGUCAGUGUUGGUGCGUUUUGACGGCAUAUCAGUGCUAACGGAUCCCAUGUUCAGCGAAAGGGCGUCCCCUUCGCAAGCAAUCGGACCAAAACGUUACCGAAACCCUCCCUGCAGUUUACACGAUUUGCCCGAAAACUUGGACGCAGUGGUCAUAUCUCACGCCCAUUACGACCAUUUGGACCGCAACUCCAUUCUGGUUCUCAACGCACGCUUUGGCGCUGAUCUCCGAUUCUUCGUCCCUUCGGGUUUGGGCCAAUGGAUGCGCGCACUGGGAGUGGAGAACUGUGUAGAGCUGGAGUGGUGGCAAGAGGGACACGUGCCCGACAAGAGCGAUGGUCUGUCACCUCUUUUUCACUCAUCCAUUCCUCCUAACGGUUCUAAUCCCCUAAUAAUGUCUGCAUUUUUAGUGUCAUUUGUCUUCCUUCCGGCCCAACACUGGAGCCGCCGGACGCUGACGGACGACAACCGCGCGCUGUGGGGCGGAUGGGCUGUGAUUGGGCCGAAGCAGCGGUUCUUCUUCGCGGGCGACACCGGCUAUUGCGACGCCUUUCGGCAAAUCGGCCGCCUUUACGGCCCGUUCAGCGCCUCAGCCAUACCUAUCGGUGCGUACGAACCGCGAAGUCUACACCGCUGUCACGCCGUCGAACCGGAGGAAGCGGUUCUCAUCCAUCAAGACGUUCAGUCCAUGUUCUCUCUGGCCAUACAUUGGGGGACAUUCGCGCUGACAGACGAGCCCUUUCUGGAGCCCCGGCAGCGACUGUGCGCUGCGGUGGACAACGCGGGCCUUCCGUCCGAUUCAUUCGUUGCCUUUUUUCCGGGCGAGACUCGGGUCGUGUUGACCGGCGGCCGAGUCUUGAGCUCGACUUCAUUUCGCAGCAAAAAACAGUUUUCCAUUCAAUAA